AUGACAGAAAAAGCUGAAAUUAAGGACGAGUUUUUUGAAGAUGACUCAAGGUAUAUAAAAAGUCAGCUAUCCAUAUCCCUUGAUCUGGGAAACCAAGAGAGAUCUGGGAGUAAUGAACCAGAAGGUAACUCUGUUAUGGUAGUAAAAUCUGAAAUUAAGGAAGAGUUUGUUGAAGGUGACCCAAUAUAUGUAGAGAGUCAGUUAUCUACAUCCCUUGAUUUGGGGAUCAUAAAGAAUGAAGCUGAUGAAUAUAACUCAGGUGAGAUAAAUAAUAAAUGUAGAAUGAACUUAUAACUUUAAUUUAUUCUAUAGUUGAUUUUAAAUACAUUCAAUUAUUCCACCUUUAAUUUUGUUUGUUAUACAGUCACAACAGUUUUAUAUGUUGGGGAAUUUCUGUCUAGUAUAAUGAUUUCAUUAGUUCAUUUUGUGACACUUA